AUGGACUUGCCCGACCCCGUCUCGCCGCACACAAGGCUGGCAGGGCUGGCCUCCAUGUACCUCUCCCACCCCACCGCACUCACCUGGCCCUUCCCCACACCACGCACACCUGCCCUUUCCCCCACACCACACGCACCUGCCCUUUCCCCCACACCACGCACACCUGCCCUUUCCCCCACACCACGCACACCUGCCCUUUCCCCCACACCACAGCACCUGCGGAACUUCUUUGAUACUGAUUGUUUUCCCGACCCCGUCUCGCCGCACACAGCACUGCUGCUCCCCGCGGCCUCCACCCCUUCACCCUCCCCCGCCACCACUGGCAGCGCUGCCCGCUGUGCUUCUAUCUCCGCGCAGCACCUCAGCUUGGCCCCUCUCUCUCCCCGAGGUGCGCGCGGCAGCUGCCGUUAUGGCCAGGCCCAGAAGGGGUUGGGCAAUGGGGGAGAGGGAGGUGAAGGGUGGCGGGUAGGACGGAUGGAGGGGGAGGCAGGCUUGGGGAAGUGGGCACGAAAGAGGCGGGCAGAGAGGUGUGGUGGAGGGGAAGGGGGGAAGGUGACGGAGAGCGCCGCGACCUUCCCCCUUCCCCACUGCGCCUUCCCCUCCCCACCCUCCCCCGUCCUCACUGCGCCCUCCGCUCCCCGACCCUCCACCUUCCCCACUGCGCCCUCCCCUCCCACCUUCCCUUCUCCCCACUGCGCCCUCCCCCCACCACCUCCCCCUCCCCACUGCGCCCUCCACCCACCACCUCCCCCCUCCCCACCUCACCCUCCCCUCCCCGCACCCCCCUCGUCCACCUCACCUGGCACCGGCGCAUCGUUCGUCGCGGGGAAGGGCAGCGCCGCGACCUUCGCCUCCCCACCUUCCCCCUCCCCACCUUCCCCUCACCACCUUCCCCCUCCCCACCGUGCCCGUCCCUCCUCCCUCGUCCACCUCACCUGA